AUGGACGUGGACAACGCGCCCCUCCCGGGUGCUGGCUUCACGCAAUCCAGCCCUCUCAGCACCCCCGCCGCCAGCCCCUCUGCAGGCUUCAUGCAGUUCGACCAGGACGAGCAGGACGAGCACGAGCAGGACGAGCACGACCAGGACGAGCACGACCUGGACGAGGGCGAGGGCGCGUCUGCCGCUGGAUCGUCGUCUGCUGCUGGACCGUCGAACCCGCGCAAGCGCAAGAACUCGUCCGCGCUGGAUGAGCCCCCUCGUCGGACGAUGCGCAAGGCCCCGAUGGUCGAGCGCUUCACUUUCACCAAGGUCAGCGGCGGAAAGGCAACCGGCAAGCCGACAACUUCUGCGCGCAACGUGAAGAGCGGCUCGAAGGGCAAGAAGGGUGUUGUAAGUAACUACGGAAAGCUUAGCAAUUCUCUAAGCAACCAGUCACUACCCCCAGCUCGGGUGAACCGGCCAGGCUGGACGGUGAAUGGGUACGCGCGCACGGGCAGCAACGGGCGCGCGGCACGGCGUUGUGCGUCCGCGACGCACAGCGCGCACACGCCGGACGACGCACGUGAGGCGCGCGCAUGGCCUGCGGUCCGGCGGUGCACGUGCCCGGGUGCAGCUCCGCUCGCGCCGGCCGUCGCGUGGGCGUUCACACUCAUCGAUGAGCAGCAAGUCUCGAGAUCGAAGGAUAAGCAAGACGUCGCUGACGAUGGUAGCCCUGGCGAGCAGUUCAUCGCGUGGAGCGAUGUAGAGGUCGGCGACACUAAGGCCACCGGAACGAAGGCUGCAAAGCCAUCGUCAAAGCUGUCGUCUUCGAAACCGACAUCGUCGAAGCUGUCGUCUUCGAAGCCGACAUUGUCGAAGCCGUCGUCAUCGAAGCCGACAUCGUCGAAGCCGACAUCGUCAAAGCCGCCGUCGUCAAAGCCGCCGUCGUCAAAGCCGCCGUCGUCAAAGACGACGACGUCGAAGGCGCCUGAGGUCGAGCCUCAGGUCAACGAAGAAGAAGCUGGGCGUGAGGCUUCCCACGUACUCUCCGACGCCUGA